AUGAGGAGUUCUGAUGGUUGUUGGACUUGUCGCCUCCGGCGAAAGAAGUGUGAUGAGAUCCGGCCGGUGUGCGACACUUGCUCGGCACUCAACAUCACCUGUUACUUCACCGAGGACAAACCCGAGUGGAUGGAUGGCGGUCCGAGACAAGAAGAAAUGGCAGAAAAACUGCGAAAGGAAGUCAAAGAGCAAGCCUAUCGACGCCGUCCAGUCCGAGAGCGCUUGCUGCAUACGUCUCUACCACGAAUUCCGCCUCGAGACCUCAACGAUACACCAUCGCGGCAUAAAUCUCUACCAGAUGGUCAACCUGAGGCUAAACCAUCUCUUGAAGUGACGCCUCAUCCUCGACGAGGAACUGACUGCAUCCUCACUGCAGGCAAUGCCAACAAUACUAUAACCUUCAGCAGGCCCGACACUUUCCUUCUCACAUUCUACCUGGAUAACCUACUCCCUUUCUUGUUCCCCUUCUACAAUCCUUCGCUACUCGAAGGUGGCAAAGCUUGGAUCUUGGAAAUGAUGAUAAGCAGCCCAGUGGUACGACAAGCAACCCGGUGCCAGAGUUCAUACUUCUUCUCUCUUGCACAGGGGCAAGAUGCAGAUUGGAAGACUGUGCUCGAACAAACAAGGGAUUCUUUUAGCAUGCUAGGAAAGUCCCUACAAGUCAUCCAGGGUUCCAAUAUCAUGGAGCACGUCCAUGGCGCUAUUCGUAUCUUAGCGGGCAUUAUGCAGCUCCAACGGUACGAGGCUUCUCUUCUGAGCUUUGAUAACUGCCAGGCGCACCUUAACGGCGCCGUGGCUCUCUUCAAACAACUUCUCGAUAACGCUGGAUCAUCUGAUCCUCGGUCAAACUUCUCCGUGGUACUCAGUCGUCUAGGACCAUCGUCACAUAUUGCAGAAAGGCUCGAGGUACCAAGCGCUGAACAAUCCGCAUUUCGCUUUUCUUCGGCUCUCUUGAUGUUUGACGAUAUUGUUGCCAGCACGGUCCUUCAGCAGAAACCCAAACUUUAUGAAUACCACCAAAGUCUUCUCGAUAAUGUGGACGAGGCCGGUCCUGCGGUUGAUCUAGAGAGGGUCGUCGGCUGUCAAAACUGGGUACUCGCCCAGACGGGAGAAAUUGCUUCGCUAGACGCAUGGAAGCAAAAUUGCAAAAGAGCAGGGAAUCUCGAUAUGAUGGAAAUGGUUCGUAUCGCCAAGGCGAUCAAAACCUCCCUGGAAACCCAACUCACUGGGCUCGAAGCGACCGAAAGCAAAGGUACAAACGAACGCCAAAGGCAUUUGAAUGUUCUCACAGGGUAUGACGAGCAACAGUCAAAGACACGAGCUGCCCAGAGCUCCCUCGUCACCAAGAUCUGGGCGCACGGAGCGCUUAUCUACCUGUCUGUCGUUGUAUCCGGCUGGCAGCCAGCGAGUGUCGAUAUCCGCUACAACGUCGAAGGCAUACUCAAACUUGUCGAGAGCCCAGUUUUACCACGGGCUUUGCUGCGCACAAUGGUGUGGCCAUUCUGCGUCGCAGGCUGCCUCGCCGAGCCAGCGCAAGAGCGUCGUUUCAGAGCGAUCGUCGAGGAACUGCAGCCACUAAGAGUUUUUGGCACAGUCUGCAAGGCACUCGAAAUAAUGGAAAAGGUCUGGAGAGAUAGACAGGAUACGGGGCGCGAUCUGGCCACGUGCUUCAAAGGUCAUGGGGAUUUAGUGUUACUUGUUUGA